AUGACAGUGGAAGGAACUACAGAUAACAUAUUUGAGGCUGAAUGUGGAACAAAUGGAGGGGAGAUAGUUUUAAAGAAAUGCUACCCUUCGUGUUCGGUAACUGAGAUUCCCAACCCUAACGCCAACACCAUCGUUAGUGCCGUAGGAAGUCAGACCGGAACCAAAGUUGCAUGGGGUGAAGAGGUGGAAAUUAAUUGUUCUAGUGACGACUAUGUCAUGGCUUUCGAUGUAACCAAAAGAGCAAUUGGGUCUUAUGCUGAGUGUAAGACAGAUCCUAACGAUAAUACAAAAGUAGAAUUGAAGGAGGCAGGAACACAUGCUGGCGAAGAUUGGUGUGCUGCUGUCCCAAAGUUGGGUGCACCAACAGCGUCAACCGGAUCGUACACCUUUACAGCUUCUGUGGUAUUGCCUUCAGACAGAGAUACAUUUGAUGAUUGGAAGAUAUACGAAGUGCAAGUCGCGGACAGUACUGGUGAUAUAAUUUGCACCAUUACUACUAUCAACGCAGACUCCGAUACUUACGAUUGCCCGUACACUCUAUCUACUUCUGAUGCUGAUUGGAAAGCCAAAUUAAAAGAUGGUUUCUCACUGCAUGUCUAUCAUAUCAUAUAUCCAAGCAAAGAUGUAGUUUAUAUGACUAAAAAAGACGUUACUGGAUUUUAUGUUGGACCUCCACCCUUGGACGCAGGUGACGUCACGAUUAGUGUUGUCGGCGCUAAAACUGUAACUAUGAUUUUCAAAGACACUUUGCCUGCUGAUAUUGGAGAAAUCACUGCAAUCGGCUCAUACGAACCAGUGUAUGCAAUGAAGAUAAGUGAGAAGGAUGGUGAAGAGAAACAAGCUUACGAUGCUAAGAAUAUAGCCGAUCUUGUAAGCCAGACCGAAUACGAUUGGAGCAGUGUCCUAGAGCCUCUCAAGAGCUAUGUUGUUGUGAUAUCUUCCAGCACUGACAAAGGACCCGGCGGAGAUAUGACCAAAGAAUUCAACACUGGUCACGCUUCUGCGACCAUCACGGACGUUGAAGUUUCCUCAACCGCCCGCGAUGUGACAAUCAAGUUAGCCGAUACCAGUCCAGGAGGCAACACCAAAGUCAAGUAUACUCUGAGUAGCAAGGCCGAAGUUAUCGAAGAGAAGGAUUUUGGUGCUGCUAAGGAAGUUACCAUAUCAUACGAUGAUCUUACUCCACUCACAGAGUACACUUUCACUGUCACGGUCCUGACAAAUGAUGAUACACCCUCCGAGACAGCCACACACUCUUUCACUCAAGGACCAACACUCCCAACACCAAUAGAUUCCUCAAAAAUAGUGUUGACUGACAAUACUGCUACAGUGGAAUUCAUGCCAGAAGAAGGUUUCACUUACCGCUUAAAGGUAUCCAAAAAGGUUGCCGAAGUAUGGACAGUUGUGAUGGAGUAUGUUUACCCUGAGCCGGUUGUACCAGCUAAUACCAGCAGCGAAAGUGAGGAUGAUACCAGCAGCGAAAGUGGGGCUGAUAACCUACCUUCACGAAGAAAGCGUAAUGUUACACCAGUUAGUCAUAAAUUUACAGGUCUAGAAUCAAAUGUUGCCUACAAAAUUUCAAUGACCUCCGAGGGAAAUGUUGGUGAAACGGAAACAGUACUGACAAGUGAUCCUGUUGAAGUUGAAGUUACAACUUAUGCCUGUAGUAAAUCUACUUUGACGGACGCGGGAGUAACCGUGAGUUUGGAAGAUAGCGAACAAGUCGUCUCAGACUUUUUGUCUCCAGAUAGUAACGUGCCUUUCACGCUCACCUGUCCGGGUGACCUUGUUGUUAACAUAAUUGACAGUGUAACUGAACUGCUAGGAAACGCUACCACAACCUCUGUCUUGUGCCUUGCCGCAGGAUGGGGCGAUUACAUUGAAUGUGUGGAGGUUCCAGACGACACCCUUAAUAAUGUGAUUGCCACGAUGGACAAUGUACAAACUAAAACCGAGCUCGGAGAAUUAAGGGAGAACGAUACAAUUAGUGACCAGUUCAGACAAUCUGCUGUGAGUCUCACUCGUGCUCUUGUGAAGAAAAGUGAGAGUAAAGCAGAUUUGAAAUCUCUCAACUCUGUUGGGUUUGCUGUUGCAGAGGUUUUGGAGGAUGAGGUAACCAAUGUUUUAGUGCUAUCUGGUGAAACUAACGUAAUAAAAGGUAGCACGAACAAAUACAAUGAAUCUGAAACCUACUUCAAGGUGCUGUGGGUAUGUUGA